CACCAAAACGAAAACAGAGACUCAGAAAUCUACUGUGGUUGGCUGACAAAAUAUAUCCGAUUAAAGGGAGCUCAGUAUUAACCAAAACCCCCGACAUCCGGGGGAAAGGAAUUGCUGGAUCCCCUGUCCACGGAGUCUAUAUGGCCUGGCCACGUCAAUCUGGUGGAGGAGUUCCUAAGAAGGUGAGAGAGAAUGAUCAACUGCCCAGAAUGAUGACGAAAACGGACGAGGUAGAAUACUUCUGAAUCAUCGCCAAGAAACGAAAUGCUUCGAGCAGUAGCUUUCAGGAAUUUUUUAUGCUUUGAGGAUCAUCAGUCACUGGGAUUUCAGAAUGGUCCUAAUUUCAUUGUUGGUGCGAACGCAACGGGGAAAAGUGCCAUUUUUGAACUGAUAAGACGAUGUUUGUCAAGAACUGCAAGCAGUUCAGAUUCGAGCGUAACAGACAAAAGUAAAGACGCUUUCGUUAUUUGCAAAUUUAAAGUCAGAGAGGAACUAUUGGACAAAGUGCCUGCGGGAUGUACGCUUUAUUCUCUCUAUGUAAAGUAUUUGAUAGGUGGAAACGAGGACAAACACAAACUUGUUUGCAUUACAAACGAAGAGGAAACACAUGCUGAAUACUAUCUUGAUUGUUAUGAUGGUUUAAAAGCCACUUUAAAAGGAGAUAAAAAAGACGUAUUAGAAGCAAUGAAAAGUCUUAUUACGAAAGGCAGCGAUACAAAUCAACACCUUAAAACAAUCAGUAGUAUGAUUCCUGGAGUGACUGAACGAGGUACUGAAGAGGCUCUCUCUGACUGUGAAGCUGUACUCAAGGAACUACACGACGUUGUUGUCGUCACGUUCCCAAUACGUUCUCCUGGACCGAUACAGUGGAGCCAUUCUAAAAAUAUUGGCGAAGGAAAUGAGCAUUACGUUACAGCUUCCAACAAUGCUGAGAUACUUCAGCGGCUUAUAGGAUCUAAAUAUGUCAAUGAAGAAAUGUCGGAAGACAUAUUCCAGACAAUCAUCAACCCAUUGAAAUACACCUUCCAAAAACAUAAAAAGGAUCAUGAUUCAAUCAUAACUGUUAAUGAUGGCCAGAGGUUAAUACAAUUACUCAAAGUUCCAGAAGGGAUUAUCGAAGCAAAGCAGUUUUCCUUGAUGUUUGCACACAAGAAAUUUCAAACAUUAAUGUUGGAGGAACCUGAUAGAGCAAUGCAUCCUCAAAUGAUUCAGAAGAUGCGGGACAAAUCGAUCAGGGGAUGCAAGGACCAGAAGACGCUAAUAUUAACUUCACACCAGCCAGUGAUGCUUAACCGAUGGACCAUGUCCCGAUUGUAUGUUUGCAGAAAGAAGAGGGUUGUCAGCGGUAACUUCAAACACUUCAUUUAUAACUGGGGUAAAGAUGUCAAAAAUACCCACCAACACCAGGACCAGCUGAAACAAAUGUUGUACUCUGCAGCUGUACUGUUUGUUGAAGGUAUUACAGACAAAUCGGUCAUUGGAUGGGUAUUCGAUCGUGUUUUAGAUACCGACUUUAAAGAUCUGACUGACUUUGCCAAAGAGGAGCUGGCAGAAUUGAAAGAAAUAAUUGCUGGGACUCAAAUCAUUUCCAUGGAAGGGGGAAAAGGAUAUCAGCACUUAACACAAGUGGCAGAAGAUUUGGAAGUACCAUUUGUGUUCCUGCUUGAUGCUGAUAUAGUAUUCAAAUAUCCGAAAGAUGUUCAGCAACGGAAAGAAAUUAACACUGUUUAUGAUACGUUUACGAAAGAAUCCAGUAAAAAUGUAAACGUGGCAUCGAUCAUGGAUUUGCUGUCAAAGUGUGAGUUAGAUGCAUAUGCAGCAAAAAACUUUGAUUUGCCGCCAGACAGCAAAGACUUUAAAGCCACCAAAGACUGCUUGAAAGAAAAGAAAAAUAUUUUUAUUUGGGAUUCUAGGAACCUAGAGGUAAUGAUUUUAAAAAGUAUCGUAGAUAUCAGAGAUCAGUUGAUAGAUAAGAACAUGAUUGGGUUUUUGAAAAAAAAAUCUGCGCUCUUAGAAAUGGACAUGGAAACGGCUGGAACACUUGUGGAAUGUCUGUUGAAAGGUGAGGAAAUGAGAGUGUUUUUAAAAUUCCUGUUAAAAACACGAAUGCAGCCUUAAUAUUAUAGAUAGGAAAAUGUAUAGUUAUAUCCGCUUCUCUGUAUUGAAGAAAUAUGAGACUUAUUAAAGGAUUAAGAACAUUCUAAAACGAGUAUGAAUAUGGAAAAACAAUAGACAGAUACCGGCAUCUAAAAAGAUAAUCUACAAGUCAUCAUUUAAUCAUCGACGGGAAAGUAUACGUUAUCAUCACACUGACUACGAAAUAAUAGUACAUUUUGUACGUAUUACGUUAAUACCAAAAUUAUCAGCUAUGUUCUCAUACUUGAUUGCUAAUUUUUGUGGUUUCUAAUCCCCUGUCCGGGAUAGAAAUUAGUCUACUAGAAAGGCACAAUUAAUUGUAGAAGAUCUUAUCAAUGUUUCGGUGCACAGUUAUCGUAUCCUUCUCUAUAAGUGACAGCUACAACAUGUUGUUGUGCUUCGUGAUUAUUUGUUGUACAUGUUUAGUAAAUAUUGAUUCUGUUUAUAGAAAAUAAUAUUUUUGACUUGGGCUUCUAUUGUGUCAUAAGGUAAAUCCUCUCAUUUAAACUAUAAAGUUGUGUAUUUCCUGUCCAAAAACUAAAAUUUUAGUUAAGGUAUCGCAUGAGCAACUACUAAUUUCAAUUGUAGUAUACAUGUAUUUUGUAAUGUUUUGUCUAUUCCGUCUAAUAAGAAAUUGACCGAGAAAAUCCGGAGUUUGAAGACAUUACAAACAAUCGUCAGCCAAUGCCUUAUACAUUUGUACAGUCAUUAUUGAUCUAUCACACUGCUUUUACUUGUUCCCGACGACUGAGGCUCGCUGGAAAUUUGAAAUAUCAUUCUGCCUGUGUUACAUUAACAUCAAUUGCGCCAUACAAUAAUAAAUGUAGGUAAUAUGUUCUUAAUGAUGUUAAUUAUUAAACAUACUUUCGAUAUGAUUUUUUUCCCCAUUUUACUUUCAAAAUCAAGUAAUCAUGAUUGGACAAGAUAUCAGUUUAUCGAUUUAUAGAACGAAAAUCUACCUAGGUAAGUGUACACUUUGUUCUUAAAACAAGAGAGAAAUGUUCAUAUAUGAAGAGUACCAUAUUACAGUAACAGUUUAUAUCAUCUCUUAAAAUCAUAGUUCAUACAUUAGGAAUGUAAAUAAGAAAACAAACAAUUGUUUAGUGUUUCAGAUAAGUGUGUAUCUCUGAAUAUUUCAAAUUUGCCUGGAGGUCUGUUUGUUUUGGGAUUGUAGUGUUUCUCCUGAAAUUUGAUUCAAUUCCAACAUGUAAAUUUACCAAGUUCACGUUUUACUUAUGUAAUUCGAUAGAACUGUGUUUUUUUUUGUGUUUUGUUUUGUUUGUUGUGUGUUCUUCUUUUGAUUAUAUAAUGAAUAUAAUGCUAUGACAUUGAGUAUGUGUAGUAACUUGUGUAAAUCAAUAUAUCUUUUUAUUUUCUAUUUUACUUUAGAUGUUAUUUUGAUUUAAGAUGUUAUAUUUUUAA